AUGUACCAUGCCCUGAUCCGCACUCACCAUAUUACCUCGAGGAAAAAGGUCGCCCGCCUCAGGGCCGCCGCCAAAACCUACCAAUGCUUUGCCCUACUGCGAUCAGGAGGCGUCCCCGGCGUCAUGUAUGUUCGAGGCAGCAACAAAUCCCAAGUUCAGAACUGGGUCGACACUGUGCAUAAUCUACGCUACAAGGAUUAUCAACUCGUCUCCCCUGUCGAUGCCGUCCCUGACCCUGACGCGCUGCCAGUGGCGCCACAACAAAUACCAGACGCAGUGCUCGGUACUCUGGAAGAAGUUGACACGGUCAAAGAAAUGGCUGCUCACAUGGAGUCCAGAGGCCUCCAGAAGUGGUGGCGCAUCGCCAUGGGCUUUGCUCGCGAAUGA